ACAAAAAUCACAACAACAGAUAAAGCACAGCCAAAAAGCGCCAGCCGGUGAUGGUUAAAUUUUCAGUAUAAAAAAAUUCGCCAAUGUGUCUUUGAAGCCAUUUUCCAAGUACGCCUUAGUCGCCCCAAGGUGUGUGCCCCCAGGACCCAGUGGGAAACUCCACAGAGUCUUUCGAUCAGAAGGAGUUACGACUGCAAUUCGUUUACCCCCUUUUCUAUUUGUUCCCGCAUGACGUAGUUUUGCGCUUAAAGUGAAACCGCGGAGCACCCCCAAAAUAAAACAAAACUUACCAGUAUCUAGAGUCUGAUAGUGACGCAGCGCGCCGUGAUGCUGAUGCGCGGCGUGCAGCUCCUGCAGCGACGUCACCAGCAGCUCAGAAGGGCCUUCAGCCAGUGCUCCUUGCGCCAUGACGCCGGCAACCCUUGGCGGCGGAAUGACAGCGACUUUUCUAGACCGCAUCCCUGGAAGCGCCCCGGCAUGUUUCUGCAGUUUCGCUGCAGUGCUGGAGGCAGUGAUUCGAAGAAGAAGGACGAACUGGCCCUGAAGGAGACGACCGCUAGACCAGCGGCUCAGCCGAAGGAGAAGCAAACAAAAAAUUUUGAGGUGAAGACCUCCAAGGGCAUUUUGUCCAUCAGCACCACCAUCGAGGACUCCAAGAUCAACGAGAUCGUGUUCGAGAAGUCCGAUCUCCCGCCGGUGUCUAAACUGAAAGAGCCGGCACUAGCCGCUGCGGCUAUCAAUCUUCGGGGUAGCUCAACUGUAGGUGCUACAAGCGGUGUGGGACUUGGAGCAGGCACUUUUAUGAACCCUCCUGAAACGAUGCCAUCACAGCCUGCUCCAACUUCCGCUUUGUCUGAAGCAGCGCUAAUUGCAAAGGCAGGAGAAGCUGCGUCUGCUCCUUUACCUCCGCUUAUAGAAGUUCCGCCUCCCAUGCCUGUUCUCCCACCGAAGCGACCACGGUUUGAUUAUCGCGCUUCUCUGGAGCGUAAUUUUGUGACGCCCAAUCGGGCCAUAAGCGACUUCUUGCUAACAGCUGCGGAUCUCGAAAGCCUGCCUAAGAUCAAGCGGAGAUCACCGUACGAACAGGAGCCACCCAUGACCGUCUACUGGCGCCGCGAUGUGGAGGCCAAGGCCGUGGAGGUGUGGGGCUCCAAGGAAAACCUAUUGCGGGAGCGACUUAAGCGCGAGGUGGAGCGUAAGCAGUACCAGCAGAUCUAUGACUCCGCAGAUCUAUUCACUGUCAAGCGGCGGCUGCGCGACUACCGCAGGGAGAUGGGAUCCCGUACAAAAGUCAUGCUCGACAACCGGAAAGAAUCCGAGAAGUCCGGUCAAGUGGUGGCCACCGCUAUUGCUAUCAAUGCGGCUAAUUUGCUUUUCAAGGCUGGAGGUUGGCUCUACAGUGGUUCCCACAGCAUGUUUGCGGAGGUUAUUCACUCACUCGCGGACUUAAUCAACCAGCUCAUCCUCGCCUUUGGCAUCUACAAGUCCUCCCAGAGUCCAGACAUCGAUCAUCCUUACGGUUAUAUGAAUAUGCGAUACGUUUCCUCGUUGAUUUCUGGCGUAGGCAUCUUUUGCGUUGGCUGUGGACUUUCAAUUUACCACGGUAUUGACGGCAUUCUCCAUCCAGAGCCCAUCGCAGAUUUGUUCUGGGUGUACUGCAUCCUCGCAGGAUCGCUGGUUUCAGAGGGAGCCACUUUGGUGGUGGCGAUCAAUGAGCUCAAGCGAGCAGCUAAAGAAAACAGCAUGACUUUCAAGGACUAUGUGAUUUCUGGCAAGGACCCGUGUGUUAAUGUGGUGCUCUGCGAGGAUGCUGCUGCUGUAACUGGAGUUAUGGUGGCCGGAGCUUGUAUGGGACUGAGCAGCUACACAGGAUCUCCCAUCUUUGAUGCCGCUGGAUCCUUGGUUAUUGGAGCACUCUUGGGUGCGGUGGCCUCCUUUAUCAUUUACACAAAUGCCAAUGCCCUAGUGGGCAUAUCCAUCGCCUCCGAGCGACUGGAAAAGAUUAACUCUGCUUUGGAGGCUGAUGUGAUGAUCAGAGCUAUUUACGAUGUUAAGGGCAUCGAUAUUGGUAACGCCCGUGUCCGCUACAAGGCCGAGCUCGACUUUGACGGUCGCGAGCUGACGCGUUCGUAUCUGGACAAACAGGAUCUGGCCAAGCUGCUUACGACCGUUCGAGGCUUUGAAAAGGUGGAGGAUCUGGAGGGCUUUCUUUUGGAUCAAGGCGAAAACAUUGUGGACCUGAUGGGCGGUGAAAUUGAUCGCAUUGAAAUGAAUCUGCGGACGCAAUUCCCGGAAAUACGUCACGUGGACCUGGAAAUACUCUAAGCGCCCUCCAUUCUCCUGGGGGCCUGUUAAUAUCAUAAAGCAUUGGGUGAUUUGGUUGCUUUCUAUAAGAAAUUUUUGCCUGUAGCUUAUAUUUAUUUCCCAUUAUGUACUUUUAGGUGUAAUUCUUAAAACUAAGCAUUAAAAGUGUAUUGCCUCGGGCUUGACAGCAGCCCGGAGGUUUAAGGGAAAUUCUCCGGAAUCUACCUGUUUUCAAAGUAGUUUGUUUGUUGAAUUAUAGAGAGUUUUCCUAUGAUAUUCCUUCACCUGAUCCUGUGUACUAUAAAUAAUGUAAUUAUUA